UUAAGGAACUUGACUGAUAGGUUCAUAUUAAAUCGAGAUGAGAAUCUAUCGGAGGGAUUUCUUCUCCCGAAUUAUUUUAAUCUUUAUGUUUAUUUGUUUGUACGCGAAGGCUUCGCCUGAUGCUAAAAGACUCGUAGAUGAUCUGUUUAAAGGCUACAGCAACAUGAUUAUGCCAAUAAGCCAACACAAUGAUGUCUUGAAUGUAACGGUGCGGUUUAUACCAAGGGGGAUAACUGAAUUUAAUGAAGUGACGAGUCAAAUUUCCAUAGCAAUGGGAGUAGAUGUUCGAUGGACGGAUAUAUAUUUACAUUGGAAUCCAAAAAAAUAUGGCAAUGUGACUCACCUUGUGGUUCCCGAGGAUAAAGUGUGGACCCCCGACAUCUCUCUAGCUAACCCGACAGACCGCAUUCCAAUUUUUCCUGAGGACUUAUUUUCCGUCAGAAUUUAUUACAAUGGUCUAGCUAUUUGGCUUAAAGGAGGAACUGUUAGAAGCACGUGCAAACCAAACUUACGGUAUUACCCAUUUGAUGUACACACUUGUUAUGUGAAGUUUAUUACUCUCGAUCAUGUGUUCAAAGAAAUUAACCUUAUAGCUGAAUUAAAAUUAAAUGUUUAUGCCAAUUUUGGAGAAUGGGAUAUUUUUGAUAAUUCGGCAUAUUCUGAGCCAUUUGAUUUUUCAAGUGCUGUCUAUAAAUUCAAAAUCAAGAGGCGCCCCGAGUUUUCGAUUUUAAGUAUAUGCAUUCCGAUUCUGUGUUUAGGGUUGCUGAACGCUUGUGCAUUUCUGAUCCCUCCAGAAUGUGGGGAGCGGAUCUCAUUCGCCAUAACGGUCCUCCUCUCAUUUGCGGUUUUCAUGACAAUUGUGAGUGCAACGAUGCCGAAAAAUACCGCCCCUGUUCCGAUUCUCUGCUACAUCCUCAUGCUGAUGUUGUUAGAGAGCGGGAUAAUUGUUGUGGUGUCCAUUCUGGGACUUCGUCUUUACUAUAAGCCUGACCACCUAAAACCCCCAGACUGGCUAAAAGGAGUCGUGAAAACUCUUGCUGGUUCUAAAAGAAGAAGCGCGCCCCCUUCGUCAACAUAUAGGGAAGUUAUUGACAACAAUCAAACGUUAUCUGUUCAAGAGAACAUGGAAUAUGAACAUAUAAAAUGGGUUGACGUUGGACAUGCUUUUGACUAUUUUUGCUUUACUGUAUCGUUCUUUGCAUUUAUCAUAACUGUCUGUGCAUAUGCAAUCAUUGUUAUGGCUAACUAGUGUUUGUUAGAACAUAUACUUUAUUGUGUUAUGUUAUGAUUUGCCUAAGAAACAACUUUAUAAUGUUUCCCAUUUGUUUCAUAUGUGCAUAGUUUUAAUUGCAUGGUUUAUGUACAUUUAGCAUAUACACUAUUUUAUGUUCUUUAUUAGAAAAUUAAUUUCCUUUUGUUUGGAAAUUUAAAAUGAUUAAUUUUGGUGUCUUUUAUUUACCGUUAAUCAAUCAAAUUCUGCAAUAUGACUACUGUAAUUAUUUGAUGAAAUAAAAUCUACAUUCAGAACAUCA